GUUAAAAUUACCUAACAAAAUUUGACAACACACGCGAAUCAGGAAAGUGGAAAGCAAUAAACCCGGCCGGAAUCAGGAGAAAAUGCAUACGGAUCUUUCCUCACAUCUGCACACGCCCGCUUGCAACAAGUUGAUCGAGGAACUUCAGGCCUGCCACGAAAAUAACGCCUUCGCAAAAUUUGUGGGCGUGUGCAACUCCAUUGACGACAAGGUGGUCAAGUGCCUAAAAGGCGAGAGAAUCGCCCGAUCCGCCGCUAAUCGCGCCAAAGCCCGUGAACGUCAGGCGAAGUACAAGGAAAAGUUGCUCCAGCAGGAAAGUAACUAAAGGAAAGAAAUC